AUGGGAAAGGAACGCAAGUCCAAGCGACAACUCAUCCGAGACGAGAAAAAGGCCAAGAAGCGUGCCCGCGAAGUCGACAAUGCCGAGGCCAAACACGAGAAGAAGCGUCAACGCCUAGAAGAGGACGAUGCUGCUGCUUCUAAUGGCGACGACUACCCUGCAUUUCACGAUGCCGAGGGCCAAGAUGGGCACCGUGGCCCGCCCGUCCCGGAGCGCGAGUUCUUCGGCAUGCUCGCCGACGAGGAGCAGGAGUACUUCCGCAGCGCAGACGAGAAGCUCGAGACCAACGACUUUGACUCGGACGAGGACAGGGGCUACUUCUUACAGAGUCUAUACCGUGAGGCUGUGGGGAAAGAGCUGAAGCUCGCGAGCAGCCAGUCGUGCUCGAGGCUAAUGGAGAGGCUCAUCCUCCUGAGCAAUACGAAGCAGAAGAAGAGGCUGUUCGAGGCUUUCGCGGGGCACUUUGUCACGCUGGUCACGCACAGGUUUGCGAGCCACUGCUGUGAGAAGCUGUUUAUACAGUCGGCACCUGUCGUGAGCCGCGAGCUGGGCGGUAUGGAGGAAGAGGGAGAAGAGGAGGGCCAAGGGCAAGAAGGCGAGGGCGAGGCCGAGGAACAGGCACCAAAAGCGCUGAUGGAAGAGCUCUUCCUCCUGACGCUGGACGAGCUCGAAGAACAUCUCAGCUACCUUUUGUCUGACAAAUUCGGGUCGCACGCCCUCCGAGUACUGCUCGUGGUACUGUCAGGGCGACCGCUCGAGCAGGUGUCUACCAAGUCCCUCCUACAGAGCAAGAAGAAAGAACACAUCACAGUACAGGGCGCAUCGGCAGAUACGGCAGAGAUGAAUGCGCACGUGAGGGUAGUGCCGGAUUCAUUCUCCCUGGCAGUACAGAAGAUCCUAGAAGACACGACGGUCUCCAUGGAUACGACCGCCCUUCGGGUGCUGGCAACACAUCCAACCGGGAACCCGGUCCUACAGCUUCUGUUGGAGCUGGACAUGUCCCUGAACGGCAAAGACAAGGAGAAGAAGGACCAGCUGCUGAUCCUCAAGCUGCUGCCGGGCGCACCGGACAGCCUGGCCGACAACGCAACGCCUGCGUCAGAUUUUGUCAACUCGAUGAUGUAUGAUCCUGUAGGCUCGCGGCUGCUCGAGACUAUCAUCGCACACGCCCCGGCCAAGAUCUUCAAAGCCCUCAACCUGCACUUCUUCAGCCCACGCAUCCAGACCUACGUGCGCAACGACAUUGCCUGCUACCCAGCUAUCAAGGCGCUCAGCCGGAUGAGCAAGGAUGAUCUGAAAGAGGCGGUCCAGAAGAUCGUGCCAGAAAUGCCAAAGCUCGUCGCGGCUAAACGGCUCAACGUCCUCAAGGCGCUGUUCGACCGGUGCCAGGUGCGGCAGACGGGCGAGGAGCUUGAUACGCUGCUAGAAGCUCUCUGCACUGCAUACGGCUCAGCCGAUGGUGCAGCUUUGGUCCCGAAGCUGUGUGGGCUGGAGACCGAGGCCGAGGCCGACAAGGAGCAAAAGAAGUUCCAGCCCUCCCUUCAGACCGAGAAGCAGAAAGCAGCCGCCAUCUCCCACGGCUGUCAGCUCGCGACCACGCUCCUCCACAUCCCAGGUGCACCAGCAAAGGCGAUCCAGAUGUCUUUGCUCUCCCUCUCUGGCGACCAGCUCUUCCACCUAGCGACGUCGACCACACCGUCCAUGAUCGUCAUCAAAACCGCACUCUCGUCCCCGGCGCAGACCCCCAAUUUCCACAAGGCCCUCGUCACCAAGCUCGCCCCCAAGGCCAUCGACCUUGCGCACAGUCAGAUCGGCCAUAACGUGGUCAAUGCCAUCGUUUCGAUCCCCUCCAAGGCCAGACCCACAAGUAACGCACAGACAGGUGUGGUGCCGUUCCACGUCAAGGAGACGAUGAUGACGACGCUUGCGGGCAACGAGAAGCAGCUGCGGGAGACGUGGACAGGGCGCAGCGUGUGGCGCACAUGGAAGGGCGACCAGUGGAAGUUUAGGAGGAGCGACUGGAUCCGAUAUGCGAAGGAGGUGGACCCGCAGGUCAGCAGUGAGGAGAAGAUCUGGAACCGCGUGGCCGACAAGAACCGGAAGGAGGAGCAAGAUAAGAAGAAGGGUAGGAUGAGGAAGGAGAGGGCCCAAUAA